UAUGGUCAUUUUUAAGUUCCUUCUAGGAGCUGCUAGAUAAAAAUCUACUGAGGACACUGCUAAUUCCUUUAGAAACACAUGACCCACAGCUUCUUGGCUUCCUUCACCCUUUAAAUAGUCAUUUAGUCAUCACGCAGUGUCACAACGGACAUGACUCACAGAGCAAGGAGAGAAGCUGAGAAAUCCUCACACAUGUAGGUGCUCAGAAUUCGACGGAAGCCCAGGCACCUCAACCUCAAGAAAAUCAGCGUGGUCAGCGUGGCACAACUCUUCCUUCCCCUGCGCACAGCAGCAAGAUGACAAUAGUCCAAGCAACUGCGUAAAGAGCUGCCGCCUCCCAAUUCAUCUUUAACAAGUUUUGAAUACCCAGGACACCAUCUUCUUUUAUUGUAUAAGAAAGGAGUGCCUUUGUCAUAUACAGAAGGAAAAAAAAAUGCUGUUUUUCUUGUUACUCCUCCUAAUCCUCUGUGGUCUUCUGUGGAAUUGCAAGAGACAACUAAAGAUUGCAGACAUCACUGAUAAGUACAUUUUCAUCACUGGGUGUGACACGGGCUUUGGAAACUUGGCGGCCAGAACUUUUGAUAAAAAAGGGUUUCAUGUAAUUGCUGCGUGUCUGACUGAAUCGGGAUCAACAGCUUUGAAGGCAGAAACCUCAAGCAGACUUCAGACCGUGCUUCUGGAUGUAACUGACCCAGAGAAAGUCAAGAGAACUGCCCAGUGGGUGAAGAACCAAGUUGGGGAGAAGGGUCUCUGGGGUCUGAUCAACAAUGCUGGUGUUCUCGGAGUGCUGGCUCCCACUGACUGGCUGACUGUGGAGGACUACAGAGAACCUAUUGAAGUGAACCUGUUUGGACUCAUCAAUGUGACAUUACAUAUGCUUCCCUUGGUCAAAAAAGCUCAAGGGAGAGUUGUCAAUAUCUCCAGCAUUGGGGGCCGGCUUGCAUUUGGUGGAGGGGGAUAUACUCCAUCCAAAUAUGCGGUGGAAGGAUUCAAUGACAGCUUAAGACGGGACAUGAAAGCUUUUGGUGUGCAUGUCUCAUGCAUUGAACCAGGAUUAUUCCAAACAGGAUUUUCAGAUCCAAUAAAGGCAAAUGAAAAAAAACGUGCCAUUUGGAAGCAUCUGUCUCCAGACAUCAAACAACAAUACGGAGAAGGUUACAUUGAAAAAAGUCUAGAAAAACUGAAAGGCUGUACAUCCUUUGUAAAUGUGGACCUCUCUCUGGUGGUAGAGUGUAUGGACCACGCUUUAACAAGUCUCUUCCCUAAGACCCGUUAUACUGCUGGAAAAGAUGCCAAGACUUUCUGGAUACCUCUGUCUCACAUGCCAGCAGUUUUGCAAGACUUUUUAUUGUUGAGACAGAAAGUAAAGCUGGCUAACCCCAAAGCAGUGUAAUCCCAAAGCAGUGUGACUCAGCUGACCACAAAUGCCUGCUCCAGGCUAUGAAAUUGACUGAUUUCAAGGGCAUGGCUCCUUUUCAAUCCCAUUCCUUACCUACUUCAGCCUGGAUUCAUUUAGAAAACCAUGCUUCUUUUGAUAAAUAAAGGAAUCCCACCAUCAGUGGCAAUUUCCCAGAGUCCUGUCUCAAGCUUUCUUUCAAAAGAAGGGCAGGCAUAGCAUGUCACAUGGGCAAGACCUGCCCAAUAUUUAGGCUUUGCCUGCUUGGUAUGAUGUAAGGCAGACUGCAAAACUUUCUCCUCCAAAUGAUCUUCACCACUGGCUAUAGUCCCCAAGCCUCUAGUCCCCACCAUUUAGAGCAACUCCUUUGAGUCAGAAUUGACUCUGUGGAAAGGGAGAGCAACUCCUUAAAUGUUAAAUAUUUGCCCUUUAGCAAAAUAUUAAGAAAUUAAGUAGAAAACUUUCAUAAGUGGAUUAGACAUUCUGCUAUCUUGCUAAAAAUAAGGCUCUGAAGGACUGGAACUUUGUUCUAGUAAGCUUUGGUGAGGACAGGAAAAGAAUGGGUAAUAAAGCAUUAGGAGACGUGGUACAAGUUAAGGGGCAGCAGAAAAACACUAGGUGGACUGUCAGUAGGAGGUGAUGAAAAGAGAGAAGGAAGAAGAGGGUUAAGAGAAAGAAAUAGUUAUGAAACAGGAGGUAGGGAGACUUCAAGACAACAAGCCUUCUACUCUGAGGGGAGGUAUGGAGGAUAAACAUCUUAUUCAAGGCCACUGCAAACAAUGAUGCACACCUGGAUGUCUGGUGGAAGAUGGGAAUAACAGAGCAACAGGACACCAACCAUUCCAGAGAAGCAAAAAUACAGAGCAUUUAUGUUUAUUCCAGUGAUUGUAAAAAUAACAAGUGCCAGAAUAUCUGGUACAACUCAUACUUGAGGUGGCUGGAAAUUCUUCAUUUGAGGUGUCUCUGAAGCCCUGUGAAAAUAAAGAACUAAAUUAAAGGCUCUCUUUAGCCUGCAGUGUGAUUAGGCCUGGUUCUUGCUCAUAUUCAUGGCUGUAAAGUAGACUGAUCCUGGACUCACACCUCCUCCAAACAAAAAAGUUCCCUAAAUGGAUAUUUCCUCAGAUCCUAGAAUCCAGUAUCACCCUCAAAGGUUUGUGGAAUAUUUAUGUAAAAAAGCCUGGAGUGUCAGAAUUCACUUGUACUUUCUGCAUCAAUGAAGAAGAUUAGACUAAAGGGAGCAAUUAUUCCAAAGUACUAAUGGACCACAUGAACUACACCCUACGUGACCCCGACACCAGAAGAACUAGAUGGUGCCUGGCUACCACUACUGACCACUACUGAUCACUCUGGCUGGGAUCACAACAGAAAAAAAUGUAGAACCAAAAAUCAAAAUCACAGCAAAGACCAGACUUACUGGUCUGACAGAGACUGGAGGAACCCCAAGAGUAUGGCCCUAAAGCACCCUUCUGAACUGGAAGUGAAGCCAUUCCUGGAAAUCACCUUUCAGCCAAACAAUAGACAAGUCCAUAAAAUAAACAAUAACCCAAGAGGAAUAUGUUCCUUAGAACAAUUGAUUACACAGGUCAAAAGGACAACAUUUGCCCAAAAGCAAAGGUGAGAAGGCAGGAUGGGGUGGAAAAUCCAGAUGAAAGGAAACGGGGAACUCAGGGUGGAAAUGGGGAGAGUGCUGACACAUUGUGGGAAUGCAACCAAUACCGUGGAACAAUUUAUGUACAAACUAUCAAAUAGAAAACUAAUUAGCUCUGCAAACAUCACCUAAAAGCAAAAUUAAAAUAAAAAAAAAAAAAAGGAUCCCAGACAUACUAUGUUUCCCUAUGGUUGUAUUUUUUUUUAUUUCAAUAAAGAGAAGUGAUGCCAUGAGUACCACAGGGAGGCAAUAGUGUGGACUGUUCUAGUCACUGCGGCUAGGAUAGCCCUGGGGAUGCUAAUGAGCAAAAUAAGGGAAUCUUAGCUAAAACAAGGUAAGAGCCUCCCAGCACUACCAGGCUGCAAUCUAGUAAAAGACUAGUAGGUGACCAGACUUGCCAGUUCAGCUGAAAGAGAGCAUCUAGCCAGCAUCUGUCUCACAGAGACACGUCCACUAACAACAUCCUCAAUGUGACAAGUCUCUGUUUCAAUGCCAUCAAAGAAUAAGGAGGUGACCACCUUCCAAUCUCAUUGCUGAUUAGCUCUAGUAAUUAGAACGUUCUUUAUUAUUGUUGAGCCAAAAUCUGUAAGUGAAAGGGAGAAGAGGGGAAAAAGGGCUGCUGUUGCCGCUACCAUAGUGAUAAUAAGAUUUCACAUUCACUGAGUCUUUACAACAAGCCAGAAACCACUCAGAGUGCUGAAUAUGCAUCUUCUCACAUAGCAUAGUGUUUACAACUUUUACACAACAGGGAUUUUUAUUAUCCCAUUUUACGGAUGAGGAACCAGAUAUCCAAGAUUUUUUUUUUUCAGCUCUAAUAAUCCAUGAUUUUUAAAUUCCACCCUGGUAAUAAAACAUUAGUUCUCAAAAUUUUUUGAAAUAUUAAACAAUGAAUUUUAUAAUCCAAAAUACUUUCUUAACAUUCUUUCUGGAACUCUGGAGCUAUCCUAAAGAGAAAUUCUAAAACUCCGAGUGUUAAAAAUGUAAGGCAAGCCUCCUGGCCAGUGAUUCACAUGUCCUUGGUCCCUGGAAAGACAUGAUGGGCAAGGGUAUGCAGGCUCUUCUCAUUUUCCCACUCACUCUCCACUUCCAGCUGCAAAUGCCCUUCUAAGAAAUAUGGCUUUUUUCAUGAGUAGAAAUAAAAAAAGUAUCCCAUAUGUUACAAAUGCCAAUGCUCACUGCAGAAUGAAAUAGAUAAAACAAGGUAAGAAAAACAUUCUUGUCAGAAAGUCCUCCCAAGGACUCAAGUCUUCACCCUCACAAGUAGAAUGGAAUCUGAUCUGAGUCCUGGGCUCCAGAUGAACAUUUUUAUCAGUGAUUUAGAGGAAGGCACAGAGGCAGGUUUGUUAAUCCAUCAAGUGAAUACAUAAACCAGUUGACAUGGUGACCCCAUGUGUGUCAGAGUAGAACUGUGCUCCAUAGCGUUUUCAGUAACUGAUUUUUCAGAAGUAGAUCACCAGGCCUUUCUUCCAAUGCACCCAUGGGUAGACUCAAGCCUCCAAUCUUUCAGCUAAUAGCUGAGCAUAUUAACCAUUUGUAGUAUCCAGGGGCUCCAGUGAAUACAGUAACUGCUUCUGUGAGUACUAACCAUGGGCUAACAAGAUGAAAUUAUAUAGGGGAAAAUACAGGAUUCUGCUAAGUUUCCAAAAAAGUAAGCCCAGGAUUCAGAGCCACAUUGUGAAAAUGAUGCAGACAUUUUAUUCAGUAGUCAGUUCAAAGUGAGUUAAUAGUAUGGCGUAGCUACCUUCCCAAGGGGGAAAAAAAGUAAACGAUGCUUUGAUCUCGGUGGCUUAAAUUUUAAAAUUACAACUUAUGAAGUAAUGGAGGUGAUGACCCUGUCUACUCUCAACUGCUCAGAGCAGUGGUAAAAUUUUACCCUCACUAUUGGGAAUCCCACUCUCAUAGAGCCAUAGAUAGAGACGGUGGCCAGGAGGUCAAGGGGAUCCAAAGUCUAGGCUAUAUGAGGAGGAGCUGGAGAAUCUGGGCUUGUUUACAUGGAAGAGGAGCCAGAAGGGAGAUGGGACCUCCCUGUGAAACAGGAAUUGAACUCAUUCUGAGAAGCACAAAAUGGUAGAUAGCCACAGUUGAUAGAGAAGCACAGAAGGGACAGCUGUUGUGGGGAUGCUGGAGAAGGGAUUCAGAGUUGCUUACCCGAUUGACAUUUAAGGACUCUAACAAACCUGAGAUACUACAACUGGGGAACGGAAGGGCUUUCCUCAAAAUUUCUGGUCUCUGAGUCCAGCACAACUAAAUGGUGCCCAGCUACCACCACUGACUACUCUGACAGGGAUCACAAUAGAGCGUCCCAGACAGAGCCAAAGAAAAAUGCAGAACAAAAUUCUAACUCACAAAAAAAGACCGGACUUACUGGCCUGACAAGAGACCGGAGAAACCCCGAGAGUAUGGCCCUCAGACACCCUCUUAGUUCAGUAAUGAAAUCACGCCUGAGAUUUACCCUUCAGCCAAAUAUUAAACAGGCCCAUAAAACAAAACUAGACUAAAGGGGCACACCAGCCCAGGGGUAAGGACUAGAAGGCAGGAAAGGACAGGAAAGCUGGUAAUACGGAACCCAAGGUUGAGAAGGGAGAGUGUUGACAUGUCCUGGGGUUGUUAACCAAUGUCAUAAAACAAUAUGUGUACUGUUCAAUGAGAAGCCAGUUUGUUCUGUAAAUCUUCAUCUAAAAGCACAAUAAAAAAGCAGAAUUUCCUGCUUCUUAAACCCGAGGAAGCAACAAACUGAAUGUCUCUCACACCUUUUCUCACAGGGCUGAAAUUUUAUUUCUUCAAGACUUAGAGCUUGCCUAAUCCUUCUGCUAGGAGAAAGAAAAGCAAUUCUCAAAGGGAAAUAAUAGACAUCAAGAUACACUUGGGCUAAACUUUAGACCUUGUCCAGAGCCAGCCUGGUUAUUAGCACAUGGACAGAGAGGCUGGAAGGAUUCCUUGAGUCCUCAGGUAACUUGCAAUCUGUGUGCACAAUUGCCAGAACGUGUUCAUUUUUUAAAUUAGGUAUUAUACAUGUUAUUGUUGUUAGGUGCCGUCAAGUCAGUUCCAACUCAAAGCGACCCUAUGCACAACAGAACGAAACACUGCCCGGUCCUUCGCCAUCCUUACAAUUGUUAUGCUUGAGCUUAUUGUUGCAGCCACCGUGUCAGUCUACCUCGUUGAGGGUCUUCCUCUUUUCUGCUGACCCUGUACUCUGCCAAGCAUGAGGUCCUUCUCCAGGGACCGAUCCCUCCUGACAACAUGUCCAAAGUAUGUAAGAUGCAGUCUCGCCAUCCUCGCUUCUAAGGAGCAUUCUGGUUGUACUUCCCCCAAGACAGACUUGUUCAUUCUUUAGGCAGUCCACAGUAUAUUCAAUAUUCUUCGCCAAUACCACAAUUCAAAGGCAUCAAUUCUUCUUCAGUCUUCCUUAUUCAUUGUCCAGCUUUCACAGGCAUAUGAUGUGAUUGAAAAUACUGUGGCUUGGGUC